ACUGAGGCAGAGGUCCUCAGUAUCAGGAGCCCUGCACAGACGCACGAUGAAGGGGACACUUUCUCUCAACAUGGCAGCCGCUACAACAACAGUGGGUUCGGUAAAAUCAGUGGGGCUGUCUCUUCUUCUAUUGUCUUUUUUUCUUUACAUAGCUGAUUCGUACCCCAACAUUGAACUACCAGACACGGGCUGUGAGAAAUGCACCCUGAGAAAGAGCCAUUUGUUCUCCAGGGAGCAUCCCGUCUACCAGUGCAAGGGCUGCUGCUUCUCCAGAGCGUACCCGACGCCGCUCAAGGCGAUGCAGACCAUGCCGAUCCCCAAGAACAUCACGUCAGAGGCGACGUGCUGUGUCGCCAAGCACAGCUACGAGACGGAGGUGGCCGGCAUCCGGGUGAAGAACCACACAGACUGCCACUGCAGCACCUGUUUUUUCCACAAGAUUUGACCAACGAGAGAACCGGAGACCACUCGGCAGCGCUCGGCCCCACGACGACCUCUGUGUGUUUUAAUGUGCAAAAGCUCUCCUUCUUCGUCUUCUUCUUUACUCUUUCAGUAUAUAUAUAUCUAUAUAUCUAUAUAUAUAUAUGUAUGUAUGUAUGUUCUCAAAUUGCCAGAUGAUAUUUUUGUAGCAGUUCAGUGCCUGUGGUGUGUAAUUAGACCAUGAUUUUUUUGUUGCAUUGAUAGAUGACUAACUGUAUCAUAGAAAGCAA